AUGAAGUUCGGCCACGAGGACUUCUUUGACGUCGUCGGUACAGAGCGCGACGCGAUCGAAGACGUGUACCCGGCGGCGCGCGGAAGCGGACGGGGGUUGACGCGAAGCCAAAUCGAGGCGCUCGGACUCUCGGGCCAGGAGGCGAACGAGCGGUUCAGCGUCAAGGCACUCGAUCUCGGCGCGCGUGCGGCGUAUGCGAGAGAGAUGCCGAGCGAUGGGAACGAACCGGUGAGGUACAGAACGGUGAUGAGCGGGGCGACGAUGACGCACGGGGGGAUGGCGCCAGCGGGCGCGGUGGCGCCACCGGAUCUUCCGUCUUUGUUGUUGAACGCGCGCAUCUGCUACAUCGGUAUGUCCCUCGUGCCGGCGGUGACAGAGCUCGUCGUCGCUGAACUCUUGUAUCUGGGCUACGAGCAGGCGGAGAAACCGUGCUACGUGUACAUCAACUCUGGGGGGUCCAUCAACGAGAAGGGCGAGGUGGUCGGCAUGGAUAACGAGGCGUACGCUAUUUUGGAUACCAUGCGGUACAUUCGAUCGCCGAUCCACACCGUGGCCGUCGGUAAGUGUCACGGUAACGCAUCAUUGAUCUUGGCGGGAGGCGACAAGGGCCGCAGACACGCCCUGCCGCACGUCCAAAUCUCUACCGGCCCGCCAAAAUUGAACCGCACCUUUGACUCCACGCAAAACGUGCAGAUUCGCGCCAACGAAUGCGCCAUGUAUGAGGAUACGUACAUGGACCUGAUGGCUGAAUACACGGGCAAGGACGGUGAGACGGUGCGCAAGGACCUCGACCGGACGCGUUACUUUACCCCGAACCAGGCGAUUGAGUAUGGCAUCAUCGACAAGGUCAUCACCAAGGGGUUGAACGUCAUGGAGGUGCGAGACUAUGAGCGCCUCCUCGCGCAACAGCAAGCGCAAUAUGAGGCCGCGGGCGUCCCGAUGCCGGGUCAAGGCGGACAACAAGAGGAGCGCCGCUCGCACGCGGACAAGGGUACAGUUGGGAGGUGA